AUGCAGAGAUUUCCCAUCCCGCCGCCCACUUGGGCUGCAUACAGACAGCAUCAAGAGUACUAUGAUCGUUUAUACCAAGGGCUCAAUGGUUCCUGGUAUAACCACAACACUGUUGUCCCCGGCUUCGUUGAAUUGCCAGCAGAUUGUGUGCCCCGACCCCCGGCUGUCAACCAAGCAUCGUCCUCUCGGGCGGGCCCGGAUCCUAUUAACCCUACUAUGCACUGCGACAAGCAGCUCGGCAAGCACUGCGACAAGGCCUGUUGUAAGCUCAAGCCCAAGGCUCGAGGUCGCCGUGUAACAAUUGCCACUGCCAGUGAUGAAGAGAACGGCGUUGUCACAGAUACUGAAGGCAACAUCACGGACAGCUCCAACCCUGUCGUCAAGAGCAAGAUGACUACCAAGGCAAAGGGAAAGGAUAAGGCGGUCCAGACUGAUGAUGAUGCCUCGUCUGAUGAUGCCUCGUCUGAUGAUGAGGACGACGACUCUGAUGAUAAUGAAGAGUCCGACGAAGACUCUGAUGAUGACAACAAUAAGAUUGCGAAGUCCAAUCACGUCUACGGGGCCAUGUACCCUAAUCAUCACCACCCACGGCCUAAUGCCCCCUGGGUCAAAGGAGACUGCGCCCUCCUUGCUACCAUCGACAGCAAGUAUAAGCGAUCUCGCUGGCUCGAAAUGCAGGCCAAUUUCUACAAUGUCACAGGACAAAUGGUCCCUCUUGUAUGCUUCAAGGCCAGAUGCGAGCGCGUUGAGGCCGAGAAGGCGGAGCGUUCCAAGACCCGCGAACUCGAGAAACGCAUGAACAAGGUCGAGGACUGGAUUGCGAAGCAGGAACGUGAGAAGUCGGCCGAGUCUGAGGACUCUGAGGACUCUGAGGACUCCGACGACUCGGAUGAGUGA